AUGCAUAACCAGGCUCCUAUGUUCCGCUACUGCUCUGAAUCGCCGAGAGUGGGAAUGAUCGACCCCGAAGGCUCCUUUGCAAGCCGCAGAAUCUCCCCGUCGUUGGCGAAGGUCGAUGCUGUUCAAACCCAGCUUUUAAUAGAACCAUUUCACGGCAAUUACCACAAGAAAAUUCAGCUGUUGCUGAAUAUUAAGCCAUGA